CCUGUCAAUGCCCAUCAUUACUGCCUAUCAGUGCCUCCUCAUCAGUGCAGUCUGUCAGUACCCAUCAGUGCCUCCUAUCCGUGCCAGUCAGUGCUGCCUAUCAGUGCCCAUCAGUGUUAUCAGUGAUGCCUGUCAGUGCUGUCUAUCAAUACCUCCUAUCAGUGCAGCCUCAUUAGCACACAUCAUGCCAGCUGUCAGUGUCCAUCAGUGCCACAUCAAUGCCACAUAUCAGUGCCCAUCUGAGCUGCCUUUCAGUGUCACCCAUCAGUGCCAGUCAGUGCCACCUAUCAGUGCUGCCAAUCAGUGCCACCUAUCAGUGCCAUUCAGUGCAGCCUAUCAGUGCCAGUCAGUGCCGCCUAUCAGUGCCAUGUAUCAGUGCCAUGUAUCAGUGCUGCCUUUCAGUGCCCAUCAGUGAUGCCUGCCAAUGCCCAUCAGUUCCACCUACUAGUGCCUCCUCAUCAGUGCCCUUCAGUGCCACCUAU